GUGAAUAAUUAAGAAUGAAGUCAGCUCAGGGGGUGUCCUGUUUGAGGGCUGUAAAGAAGAAGCAAUUUGGAGAAAUGGCUGGGUUUUUGCAGUUAUAAAGAAAGACUGUUGAGUGCUGGUGAUAGUGAAAGUUGUCCUGUACGUAUCUACUUUUACUAUAUAUCCCUGUUUAUGCAGGCCAGUCUUAUUUGGGGUGUUAUUUUGUGUUAAAAACACGAAAAAAUGAUAAAUGUCCUGAAAGUUUAAGACAAAAAAUAUUUUGUAAUUUUCCAAUAAUAUUGAAGCAUCUUAGUAUUAUAUUUAGCAGUAAAACUAGAUCAGAUAAAGUCUAAAAUCCUAAGCUUUUACUUUGACUAAGCUGCUAUUCAGCCAUUUCCAAUAAUUGCAAGUACAGUUUGUCCUUUAAAAUUUUGCAUUUCUUUAAACAAGGUCCACAUUGGCCAUUUGAAAAAUAAAAAUGGAAAUUCUACAUGUAUCCCAAGGUUACAAUUUUGAAGUGUCGCCAAGAAAGUUUCUAAUUGGCUUUAUAUACUGAAACACGUUUUGAAAGACAAAAUGGUGUUUACAACUAGAAGGAAAUUGGGUCCUUAGUUUCACAUAAUCCCAGAGUGGAAGCUGAAAGAAAGUCCUGACAGAAAUUCUUUGCUGGGUAUGUGCAUGGACUGCCUGCAAUUGAUUCCUACCCUGGAGAUGAGAACUACUGGAUGUAUAAAAAGUUGCAGCUCAGCAAUGUCAUUUACUGUAGAAUAGUUUCAAACAGAUGUCAUCGAACAUGAGUCUUGAUUCCACUGACCAAAGUCAGAGUCAUGCUUCAAACAACACACUUUUCAUCCUUGCAGAUGACAUCAUCAGGAAUCUGUCUAUGAUCUUCUCCCUAAGGAGCUGCAGUUGCCCCCAUCCAGUGAGAGCAGCCUAGCAUCAAUGAGUCAAACAAGUGGUGGAGAUGUGGGGUCAUCAUCCCCAUGUACAGCCGAUGCUUCCUCCUCCUCUUCGUCCUCCAUGGGCGGUGUUUGCAGCCUGUUUACCACAACUGUCAGCCCCAGCAUGCACUCCUCUGCUUCAGUCACUGUCCAAGCGGCUAUGCAAGUAGAAAGCAGUACCUCAGAGCAGGGGGUAAGUAACCAAGGGGUAAGUGAAGUGCAGACCUGUGAGAACCAGUUCAUUAACAAUGCAGCCCAGCAGCAGCAGCUCCAGGCCACACCGAAGAGACAAACUGUAUUGAAUAUCUCGCCCCCACCAGAAGAUUUGUUUGAUAACAGUCGAAUGUCCUGCCAGGAUGGCGGGGACAUGGCAGAUUCAGAACACAGCAACAACAUGUGGCUGGAUGACUCUGCUUCCAAUUUCAGUGUCGCAAGCAGCCCCUCUUACAAUGAUAAUACAGAGGUACCACGCAAGUCAAGAAAACGUUCACCUAAACAGCGGCCUGGACUUAAACAGCACCAGAAUGAAGAAACCAUCAUGGAUGUUUUUGAUGCAGACAGUGCCAGGGGGCCGCACUAUGUGCUUUCUCAGCUGGGCUCAGAUGUCAAAAACAACUUGAAAGUUGGAAAUGGAUUAUCAGAUGGACAGAAAGGGUGCCCUGUGAAGAAGAGCCCGGCACUUUGUGGUCAGUACCCAAGUAAAUUUGAGGGGAAAGAGUUGAAAAUACUGGUCCAGCCAGAAACUCAGCAUCGGGCCCGUUACCUAACUGAAGGAAGCAGAGGGUCGGUCAAGGAUAGAACACAACAAGGUUUUCCAACUGUCAAGCUGGAGGGUCAUAAUGAGCCUGUAGUACUGCAAGUAUUUGUCGGUACUGAUUCUGGCCGCAUAAAGCCUCAUGGAUUCUACCAGGCUUGUCGAGUAAGUGGACGAAAUACUACUCCAUGCAUAGAGGAAGAUAUUGAAGGAACGACUGUCAUUGAAGUCUGUCUUGAUCCAGCUAAUAACAUGACACUUGCGGUUGAUUGUGUUGGGAUUUUGAAACUAAGGAAUGCAGAUGUUGAAGCACGAAUAGGCAUAGCUGGUUCCAAGAAAAAAAGCACACGUGCCAGACUAGUGUUCCGAGUCAAUAUUCCUCAUUCUGAUGGUUCUCAGCUAACGCUCCAGGUGGCUUCAUCUUCUAUUCUGUGCACCCAGCCAGCUGGAGUACCUGAAAUUUUGAAGAAAAGUCUGCACAGUUGCUCUGUGAAAGGAGGAGGGGAAGUGUUCCUAAUUGGAAAAAAUUUCUUAAAAGGUGCCAAAGUGAUUUUCCAGGAAAAUAUAGCAGAUGAAAACUCUUGGAAAGCUGAGGCUGAGAUUGAUAUGGAAUUGUUUCAUCAGAAUCAUCUAAUUGUCAAGGUCCCUCAAUACCACAACCAGAAUAUAACAUCUCCAGUGUCUGUUGGGAUAUUUGUAGUUACAAAUGCUGGGCGAUCACAUGAUAUGCAGUCGUUCACAUACACUCCAGAACCAGCCGACAGUGAAGCCUCCUUUAACAUAAAAAAAGAAGUUGCUGCUUCAGCACAGCCUUGCUCCUUUGAUGAUGCUUUAAAUGUAGCUGCAUUGAAAGUGACUAGCUGUGACCUGGAUAAAGCUGAACUCCCUAAUGCCUUGCUGGAUCCUUCGCAUUCUACAUCUAGCAUGAUUAAAUGUGAAGAUGCUAGCCCGAUGGAUGUAGUCCCUAAUCAGCAAUCAUCUUCUGUGUUUAAGACAGCAGAUACUGUAGGACUCUCUCAACCAGUUCUGGAUAUCUCUUCAGAGGCAUCAGCAGAUGGAUCAUUUUCUGUUUCUCAAGGCGAGGGUGAUAAACCAGCACAGUUUCAAACUAAUGCAUAUCAAACUGCAGAUUCCCUGACUGCAAUCAAGUCGCAGACCAUUUCUCAGUCCUGUGCUUUUCGUGCAGCUUCAUAUCAGAAUGAAACAUUAUUACAGCAGACUACUUCAUUUCAAAGAUCAGAUGCAAUGGUUGAGUCAAGACGUACCCAGGAAGGGGAGGUUUUACAUUCUGAUGGUAGCAUGAUCAACUUGUCCGUAACAGAGACACAGCAGCAGCCAUCACAAAGCUUGCAAGACCAGGGUCAGGCAUUGCAGCAGCAAUUUGCCUCAAACAUCUUCUCUUCUGACAGUGUUGGCCACAUGCAGCAGACUUCUAUUCACCCAGUUCAAAGCAGUCAUUUUCAGCCAAAUGACUUGUCAGGAAACAGGAAUGCAUCUUUAGCCCAACAAGUUUUGGAAUCUCAACAGCAGCAACUUUCAGCUGUUUUGUUUUCUGGCUCCAGCUCUAAUCAGAGUGCUCAACAGUCUUUAGAGCAGACAAAGGAACAGUUGAGUGCUACAGUGUUUCAGCAAAGUAAUGUGAUGCAGGCUGAUCUGAAUUCUGUUUUGUUUCCAACUUCAGAGUCAGCAGUUGGCUCUAGUUCUGAAACAGCUGCCUCAAAUAGAGUAGAUAAUAUCUCUGGGCCAGAGAGCACCUUGUUGAAUCAUCAGCAGCAAAGAGUGGAAAGCACUGCAGCCAUGGUGAUUGGGAUGCAACACAGUGUGUGUUCUUCAGGACAAGUACAGUCUGAACUCUUCCAGAAUUCUGUCCCUGGAAAUCUGAAUGGAAAUUUACAGCAAUCUGAUAUUUUUCAGCAAGCAUCCCAUGUUAUAAGUGGAUUGCAGACAUCUGAUGGGACUCAGCUUCCAUUGCAGUGUGGACUGUUUGCCUCUUCUGCCCCAAUUUCUGGGAAUGAGAGUGUAAGGACCAGUCAACAAUUAGGAGUGUCUGAAAGUUCUAGUAUCUUUCCUGUCUCCAGUUCUGUUAAUAAUGAAGAUAAUUCAGGACAGCCUAAGCCCAUUCAGACUAGCAUGUUUCAGAAUCUUAUUCAGAUGCAGAACACUACAGAAAACCAGCCUCCAGCCAAUCUGUUCUCUUCUUCUGAAACCAUAAUGCACAUUCCAUCUACUGCACAGCAAAAUAAUCUUUUUCAACAGGGUGGAGAAAUGAUCUCUGUUCAGCCGGCAGGUUUCCUACAGCAACCUCCCCACUCACAGUCUCCUUUGUUUCAUUCCCAGAGUACAGUAACUGAUGUUCCAAACUCCCAAUGUAACAUCUUCCACAGUUCAGGUCCUUCUGCCCAGCAUCAGAAAUCUGUUACUUCACAGGAGCAAGUACAGCCAGUGUUGUUUCAUUCUCAAAAUGAAAUUGCAGUUCUUCAUAGCCCCACAGUUCCUCAUGACCAACAGGGAACUAGUAUGUUCUUGUCCCAAAAUCCAUCUCAGGAAAAACAGCUGCAUUUUUUUUCAGCCCAAAAUUCUUUGCCAGCACUCCAGAGUUCUUUGACUUCUGAACAGUCUGUAUUCCAACAACAGUCACAGAUAUCCCACUUACAGAAUGCAAUGCUAUCUCAAGAACAGCAACAGAAACAGCAGCAACAAGACAUUUUUCAAACUCAGGUUACUCUAACCACUCUCCCAUCUAGCACUUUACCUCAAAAUACACAAACUGCUGCUGUCUAUCAACCUCAGCCUUCAGCGGCUGGAGUUCAGAACAGCACAUCUGCACAAGAGCAGUCAGUGCAGAAUAUCUUGCUCUCUGCCCAGAGUGUCAUGUCCUCUGUCAACACAGCCAUGACUGCACAAGAACAGCAGCAGAAUCACCUUAUUUUUAAUCAAAACCAGCAGCACCAGCUGUCUUCGCUGACCACCACCCAGGAGCAGCCAAACCAGAGUCUAUUCACUCAAACAAGUAUGUCCUCUAUUGGUCAGGAGCAGCAGUCAGUACACUUUCCAAAUCAGAUAACUGUCUCUUCUCUUCAGAGCACUGGGUCCACACAGGCUGACCUGCAGCAGUCACAGCUGUUCCAGACCUCUUCUCCAAUGCAUUUAGUUGAGAGUUCGGCUAGUUCUCAUGACCAAGUCACAUUGUUUUUGUCAUCAAUUUCUGCUCUGCAGAACAACAUGAACCAAGAGGACAUUCAGCCAGCAGCCAUGUUCAGUGGACAGGAUGGUAUUGUUAGGAUUCAGCCUGCUAGUACAACUCAGCAGUCACAUCAGCAACAACCAGGGCUGUUUCACACAUCUGGAACUAUGAAUCAACUGACAAACCCAGCGGUUAUACCCCAACAGAAUACAGGAGUGUUUGUUUUUGAACUUCAAGAUGAUUGCAGUCAGCUUUUGAAUUCUGACACCGCUACAUUGUCUGAUCAACUGAUUGCGAUGAGUCAAGCGGGAUCAAUGCAGACAAAAGGGCAUAUAACAUCCUCACUUCUUUCACAGCAGAUGUCAGAGGCCACUCAGUUGUCUUCUACUAUCAGUACCAGUGAGAAUAUGGAGAAGAUAGACAACCUGCUAGUUACCUUACAGGGCCAUGAUGGCAUGAGCUUCUAAAAGCUGAAGGAAUGUGUAUGUGAAGAAGACUGAAACAGUGUGAAGAAUUGUACAGAUUUUGUGAAAAUAAAACAAAAAAUUUAGACUGUGUAUAGUUCGAAGCACUCUACAAAUGAAAUGUCAAAAAGUGAGGCAUAAAGAACCAAUUUCUGUCAAUUUUAGAACUUCUAGCAGCUUACAUUCCAA